CUAAAAUAUAAAUUAAAAUAAGUUAUUUAUUCAAUAACAUGAAUCAGAAAAUUGAGAAGCAAAUAAAUAGUAUUUGGAUGAAAAAGGGAUUGAAGAUUACAAAAAGAUUCUAAGGAGGAUUGACUAAUGAAAAUAGAUCAAUUGGUAUAGCUGCUGCAAGGCCAGAAGAUUAUAAUAAUUCCUUUUCUUUUUAUCUACAAAAUAUAAUGAAAGAGUAUCAUAAAAUAGAAGGAUUAAAUAAAAUAAGAACAUAAUUGGAGUAUUACCUGUUAGUGAAUAUGUUAGUAUUAAAAUUGAUCCAAGACUUGAAAGAGUUUCUAGGAGAGUAAGAGUAGCUAGAAAUGUUAUUUGAUAUAAUCUACCAUCAUUUAUGA